AAGAUCAAAAGUACUGAACUCAACAUGGCUAACGCAGCAUUAUAUAUUUUUCAACUGAUUUUUCUUUUAAUAUUUCACACGUACAUAUUUGGAGUAGAAGGACGAGGAGACUCUCGUUGUAUGCAUAUGGGUGGGAGAUGCGAGGAAGUAAACUCACGCUGUCAAAUCUACGUGUCGAAUAAGUGUGCCGGAGGAAAUACCAGAAAAUGCUGUGUAUAUGGUCAAGACUAUCCCUGUGAGGACAUUGGGGGGACGUGUCAGACCAGACCUAGCUCUUGUAGUGGCAGAUACAAAAGGGGGCUUUGUGGAGGGUUGACGAACAGACAGUGCUGUGUUUAGAAUCAAUCACCAGGUCAACGUUAAAGGUUUAACUCCAAACACUUCUAAAACACAAUAAACUUUUCCAAGAAUC